AUGGCCAACCUGCACUCUCGUCGCGGCACCAGAGGCCCCGAGGAGGAGGAGGAGGGCCGGAAGGAGAUGGAGGAGAGGUUAGGAGCGGAGGACAACGAGCAGGUGGAAAAGGAGCAAGAUGAGGAGGAGGAAGAGGAAGACGAGGAGGAAGACGAGGAGGAGGAGGAAGGGGCGGAGUUGGAGGAGUCGAAGAAGUUAGAAGGCCCUAUGCGGUCGUACGAGGAGUACCUCUGCAAGGGCUUGGACUUGGGCGACGAAUCGCAAGAAGUCCGCCUCCGCUUGGCCAGCGUCGUCAGCCCCAGCCUGAGCUCCACGUCGACUCCCAUCCAGACGCCGAGCGAAACGAGUAGCCAGAUGAGCCCGACUGCACGCUUGAGCUUCUCCUCCCAUAAAAGUUUUCCUAAAAUAUUUAGGAAAGACACGUCUGAAAUGACUUUAGAUAGAACUAUCUAUCAAAAUUUGCACCUAGGAAUUCCAAGAGCUGUACAAACAGAAGAAAGUUGGCUUCAAGACAUGUGUAAUAAAAGGCUCACAAAGAAGGAAGCCAGCACCCCAAGCAGAAAGGAAACUGAACCUGACUAUGUAGUGUCUCAGUUGAGAGAAAAAUGGAUAUUUAAGCCAGAAGAGCCAAAUCUAAAUAUUUUAUAUGAGCUGGAGUUUAAGGAAGACUUCAUAAUGUUAUUUGAGCCUUCUCUAAGAACACUGCCCAGCGUUGGACCACCAUCCAUUCUGGCAUACAGAAAAGAGCUUCCUGAUUUAGACCUUAACUUCAAGGAUACGGAGGAGGCAAUGCCACCCGACUGUGAGUUUUGUGGAAGUGAUCUAAGAGAAUUUUUUUCUGAUAUGGACACUUACGCUGAAUCAGUAGAAUCCAUAAGUUCUAAACCUUGCUGUGUGCCUUUCCAAAAUCUGGUUGACUAUCUCUUUGAUGAAGUGAAAAAACACAAAAGCUCAAAAUCUGAACUGAUCAGUAUUAGACCUCACGAAGCCCAUGGCAGCGAAGUCGAUAGACUCAAGGCAAAGGAGAAAGCCAUGCAGAGAAAACAGGAGCGACAAAUGGCCAGACAUUUUACAUUAAUACCGGAAGAACAGCCUACUUUCCCCGAGGAAGUGGAUUCAAAGCACUUUAAAACGAUUACUUAUCAACUUGCCACGGAGAUACCAGAAAAACAGCCAUCUAAUGACAUCCUAGCUGAUUUUCAGCUAAAUAACAGUAACAUGUCCAUCAUCUGUUGUGAUUCUAGGAGAGCAGGUGGAAAGUUCUGUUCUGCGGAUUUUAAUCUUGAAAAUGAGUCAUGUGGCCACCCUGAGCGCAAGGUGGAUAAUGAGGAGCUGAGAGCUGUAGUGGAAGCGAAUCCAUCUCAAUCUACAGAUGAAUUAGCAGCAAGGUUUGAUGUUACUAUUCCAACAAUGUUGGACCAUGGGAAACAAAUGGGCAAGUCAAGGACCAUAAGAACAACUUACAUGACCUUAUCUGACCUCAGCUAUCCAUCUGGAAACCUAGCCAUCAUUCGAGUGCCCAACAAGAAGACUGGUUUCACUUGUAUCAUCCAAGAAGACACAUCUACUAACCCCACUAUCCUGGCACUGCUGGAUUCCUCGGGCAGAAGUUCCUGCUAUCAUCACAAUGGAAAUGUGUGGGUAUACAUCAAUAUCGUGGGAGGUCAGUAUUCAGAUCAAGCUGGCAACAGAAUAAGGGCUUGGAAUUGGUCAGCUUCCAUCGCUUCCUCACCCUUUGUUUCGUUUAAACCCGUCUUUCUGGCUUUGAACCAUUAUGUUGGAGUUCGCAUCUUAGAACAAGACAAGAUUUCCAUCACUUUUCUAGCAAUGGGUCAACAGGCAAGAAUCAGUGUUGGAACCAAAGUGAAGCUACCAAACCCUGAGGAGAUUCCAAUCCUCCGAUAUCUGAGUGGAGAUGACCUUAUCCUGCUGGCCAGUUUAAUAAAGAUUCGAAGCCUGUUUCAUAAACUUGAAGGAUGUGUGAAUUUUCCCUCAAGCCAGGUUUGGGAAAAAUUAAAGCAACCUUCCUACCUUUCCUCACUUUCUCUAAAACUAAUUGCCCUCUGCCAAAGCUCUGGUAUAAAGCAAGAUACAAUGAAAACAAUAAAUAAUAUAAUAAAUACAAAAAUUUAA